GGAAAGAAACAAUAAAUGUGCUUUAAACAAGAACUCAGUAUUCAUAUGUAUAUACUAAGAGAAGUGUUGUGAAGUGAGCAAUAAAAGAACAUUUUCUAAGCUAUAAAACGAAUAUUUCUUAGUGAUAAUAAACAAAUAAAACAAAGCUUAAUAAUAAUAAUAUAUCAUAAAACUCAAAUUAUAACAAAUGUGCAAAAUUGUGUAAUUACAGUACGGAAGAAAUGCAAAAAGUGAAAAGUGAAAGCCAAAACGGAUAAGCAAUAAUUUACGCAACCCACCCAAGCAAGCUUGCCAAUCCGAAUCAUUUGCCAUUUUUUUUUAUUAAUUUCCAAAGAGUUAUAGCUCUGUAUAAAUAAAGAAGUGAUCACUAUUAACAUUUUUCGUCACUGACACAAACUCGCUGUAAACGUGUCAUGAUGAAUUUCUCCGCGUUCGGUGGUCCCUUCUCCGGAAUACAUCAGUUUGCGGCCAAAUUUGGACACGACACACAAGGUCCACCUGGCGCCUUUGCCACGCCCACCGGUAUCAAUGGCAAUGCAACGGCGGGAGUCGCCGAUAAUCAUGUGCAACGCUAUCAGACCAACGGCAAUCAUUUCAAUCAAAAUAUACCAAAUGUCUCGGCCGCCAAUAACACAAUGCAAUACGGACAAAAUAUAUCCAUACCAUAUUCACAGCCGCAAACUGAUUUGAAUUUUCUCAACUCCACGGACCAUAAAGGGAAGAUACAUCCGAAAAUCGAACGCGACCGCGAAGAAGUUUUAAAUCAACAAAUUUUGCAAAAUGUCAAUCAGUCGUGGCAAACAUUGGCCAAUACUGCCAACACCGUUGAUUACUCGUCUCAUUUGCUAUCCGCAACACUGCCAAUCUCAAUACAACACUUCCUCAAAUAUUCCGAAACAAUAAAGAAGGAAUCCUCAGGUAUUGUCGGCUCUCAAAUCAACUCAGGGAAUUUAAAUUUGAGCAAUCUGGAUACAUCACCAUCGGGUUUUAAGGGUGAUGUUCUCAAGAAUGGCACGAAUUUGAGUCUGGCACUCGGCGGUGUCGCACUCGCUCCACCGUCCAAUCAGCAAGCAAAUGGCGCUACACAUCACAAUGGCGGUAUUGUUGGCAUGGAUCAUACUGGCCAUAUGACCAAUAUGACAGAUAAUACAAAUAAUGGUGCAUCUCUACAUCAGGCUGUUAAUGGCAAUGUACCAAAUCCAAAUGUCAAUGGACAAGCAAACAAUGGUCAACCCACCACUAAUGGUACGGUUACGAAUGGUAACACGGUUACGAGCACUGCACCGGCUGGCACCACGACUACCUCAACCGGUGGUACUACAACGACCACUGGCAAGAAAACCCGAAAGAAGAAGCCACCAAAGGAGAAGAAGCCACGCCCGAAACCGGGUGAGAUACGUGAGAUUAAAGCUUUGGAUGGUUCUACGCUCUAUUGCUGCCCCGAAUGUCAGAUGGCCUAUCCCGAUCGUAGUUUAAUCGAACAACAUGUUAUCUCACAUGCCGUAGAGCGGCGGUUCGUUUGCGACAUCUGCAAUGCAGCAUUGAAGCGUAAAGAUCAUUUGACCCGUCACAAGCUAUCGCACAUACCGGAUAGACCACAUGUUUGCAAUAUUUGCAUGAAGUCAUUCAAGCGUAAGGAGCAAUUAACACUGCACAUUGUCAUACAUUCCGGGGAAAAGAAACAUGUUUGCGUCGAGUGUGGCAAAGGCUUCUACCGUAAAGAUCAUCUGCGCAAGCAUACACGAUCGCACAUUGCACGUCGCGUUAAGUCGGAAGUAUCAGCGCAGAAUGUAAAUGGCGGCAGUGGCACCGGAAACACUGCUCAAAACAACACGAUACAAGGCUCCUGAGGUUCGUACAAGGACUUUUGGUAAAUCUUCAAAAAAACUUCACUCGUGCUACAGCAUGUUGAAGGCAUCAACUGCCAUGACCGCGCUUAUACAAAACCGCGUCUCAUGUUAGUGGGUGCAGUCAAUGUGUGUGUAGUGUGAAGUUUCUCUGAAUGUUUAUCAAUUGUCCUGCUGAGCCUUAAACGAUGUAAAAAGAAGCUGAAAGAUAGUAGCAAGUAUGCGAAAGAAAGUGAAUUUUUUUCUAAUUAAUCAUGAGAAGGUAGUGUUUUUUAUUUUAAUUUACAACUAUUUUGGUAAAAGGUUGAAGAAUGUUAGAAAGAGAAGUUGUGCAAAAGAAUAAUAACGUUCACAAUCGCACAAAGCUACAUACAUACAUAUGGAUAUGUAUAAAGUAGAACACGGCGUCGCAUUUGCAAUUGAACGCCAAUAAUAACAACAACUAGUAAUAACUGAAACCGUUAAAUAGCAAUUUCGAUGUACAAAAUAUUUAUUUAAAAUAUAUACUGAUAUUAGGAAGACAAAAAAAAAACACA